AUGAUGGUGCAUUGUGCCGGCUGCGAGCGGCCCAUCCUGGACCGGUUUCUGCUCAACGUCCUGGACCGCGCGUGGCACAUCAAGUGUGUUCAGUGUUGCGAGUGCAAAUGUAACCUCACCGAGAAGUGUUUCUCGAGGGAAGGGAAACUCUAUUGCAAGAACGACUUCUUCAGGCGGUUUGGCACCAAAUGUGCUGGGUGUGCGCAAGGCAUCUCUCCCAGCGACCUGGUUCGGAAGGCCCGAAGCAAAGUAUUUCACCUCAAUUGCUUCACCUGCAUGGUCUGCAACAAGCAACUGUCCACGGGAGAGGAACUCUAUAUAAUAGAUGAGAACAAAUUUGUUUGCAAAGAGGACUAUUUGAACUCGCCCAGUGUCAAGGAAGGCAGCCUCAACUCAGUGUCAUCCUGCACGGACCGAAGUUUGUCCCCAGACCUGCAGGACCCUCUCCAGGACGACCCCAAAGAGACCGACAACUCAACGUCGUCCGACAAGGAAACCACAAACAACGAGAACGAGGAGCAGAACUCCGGCACCAAGAGGCGGGGGCCGCGCACCACCAUUAAGGCCAAGCAGCUGGAAACGCUCAAGGCCGCCUUCGCCGCCACUCCCAAGCCCACGCGCCACAUCCGCGAGCAGCUGGCGCAAGAGACGGGCCUCAACAUGCGGGUCAUCCAGGUCUGGUUCCAGAACCGGCGGUCCAAGGAGCGCAGGAUGAAACAGCUGAGCGCUCUUGGUGCGCGGAGACACGCUUUCUUCAGGAGUCCUCGGCGCAUGCGUCCACUUGGUGGCCGGCUGGAUGAGUCGGAGAUGCUGGGGUCCACCCCCUACACUUACUAUGGAGAUUACCAAGGAGACUAUUACGGCCCUGGAGGAAACUAUGACUUCUUCCCGCACGCCCCGCCGUCACAGGCUCAGUCGCCCGCGGACUCCAGCUACUUACCGAACUCAGGGCCCGGCUCCACCCCGCUGGGGCCCCUGGAGCCACCCCUCCCGGGGCACCACUCUUCAGAAAACCAAAGGUACACGGAUAUGAUCUCGCACCCGGACACACCGAGCCCUGAGCCUGGCAUGACUGGCUCCCUGCACCCCAUCCCGGGCGAGGUCUUCACCGGCGGGCCCAGUCCGCCUUUCUCUAUGUCCAGCAAUAGCGGUUACAGCGGGCCACUGUCACAUCCCAACCAGGAGCUGAAUGAGGCCGCCGUGUGGUAAAAGUUGCUGGGCCUUUCCCCAGCCCCUUCCCCGCCCAAUACACCCGGCUUAGGAACUGCACGGAGCACCCAGACCUCUCCCCACCCCAGGCCCGGCGCCUUUGUGGAUCCAGAGUCCUACGCAGCACACACAUGCACACACAAUUUUUCACUCACGCACAGAAUCACAAUCUCACACACAUACAUUCAUGAAAGAGCAAGAGCAAACACACAUUCAUGAAAGAGCAAGAGCACGCGCGCGCACGCGCGCACACACACACACACACACACACACACACACACACACACACACACACACAUACCCCUAUACCAAAACGCCCAGACCCGGGCCUGUAUCCCACUGCCUCCAAACCCAGGCGUUAUCGCCAACCGAGCCUCACUCAGUCCUCCCUCAGGUCCACCCUCUAAUGUCUGACUCCUCCAAAGGCGGGAUAGUACUUGGGGAGAGCCCCAUCCAUCCCUCACUUGGCCACCCAAGCUGGUUCGAGGUGGCUCUUUCCGGGACCGAGAGCCAGACCACAGUGUUUUUCUCCUCGAGGCUACAAGCAGUUUUCUUGGACCAAAGUCAAUCCCACUGGAUCAACAGAUCUUG